AUGGCCUUCCUGAACCUCACUCGUGCCCCGCUCAUCCUAACCGCCCUCAUCCUCCGCGGUGCCUUCGCGGCCUUCGACGCAGUCGCGCAGCAGAAACCCGUCUCCAUCACUGACGGCUGCCAGCAAGCGUGCGCCGACCUCGACACCAUCUUCGGCCCCGCUUCAGCCCUGCACUACCCCUCCAACGACCCCACCUUCACCAUCUGGGACGCCAAGCAGGCCGCCGUCACGCCCGCAUGCCGCGUCGAACCCAGCAACGUCGCAGACGUCACGCAGAUCCUCGCCAUCCUGACGCGGCAUUGGUGCACCUUCGCCGUCAAGGGGGGCGGCCACUCGCGCGCCGUGGACGCGAGCAACAGCGUCGGCGGUGUCACGGUCGACAUGGGCCGGCUGGAUGUCAUCGAGGUGGCUGCGGAUCGCCAGAGCGCGAGGUUGGGCGCCGGGCUGGUUCUGCAGGAGGCAUACCAAGGGGUUGAGGCUGAAGGUGUUAGUUUUGUUGGCGGGAGGGUGGCGAGCGUGGGGUUGGCUGGGUAUACGAUGGGUGGGGGGUUUUCGAAUUUGACGCCGAAGAUGGGGUUGGCGGUGGAUAAUGUGUUGGGGUAUGAGCUUGUGCUUCCUAACGCUACCGUCGUGAACGUUACCUAUGAGAGCGAGCCCGAUCUGUACUUUGCGUUGCGGGGCGGAGCGAACAACUUCGGCAUCGUGACACACUUUACGGUGCGCGUAGUUCCUCAAGGAAAGCAGCUGUUCGCCGAAAAGAUAUUCAGCUCGAACUACACUGACCGCGUCCUGGCGGAAGCGCACCGGCUAACCACUAGUCUUGCUAACGAUACUGACAUGGCGUACUGGACGCGCUACGCCUAUAACCAAUCGAGCGGCACGUACGUUCACUCGUUAAGCAUGGCCUACCUGCAGCCCGAACUCGAGCCCGCCGUCUUCGCCGGCGUUAACGCCAUCCCUUUCGAAAGUAGCACACAGAAAGUUGACUGGAUGAGCAAUAUUGCGACAGAUGUGCCAUUCGGACUGCGACACCUCUUCACCACACUUACGUACACUCCAUCGGCAGAGCUCGACGCCCGCAUCUAUUCUAUUUUCCGGGAGGAGGUAGCCGCAGUCGCAGCCGCCGAGGGUUUCGCUCCCUCGGUCGUCAUACAGCCACUUCACGCCAACGCCAUCAGAGCAGCACGCGCUCACGGCGGCAGUGCAAUCGGCCUCGAGUCGCCAGACGGUGGACCUCUGACGAUAGCACUGCUGACCUUCGGUUGGAGCAGCGCCGCCAAUGACGCUGCUAUGUAUGCGUUUGCCGAGAGUUUUAGGGCGCGCAGCGAGACUGCGGCGAGGGAAAUGGGGUUGCUGAACAGAUUCCUGUACAUCAACUACUGCAAAGAGGAUCAAGACCCGUUCGGAGGUUACGGCGAGGAGAAUAAGCAGAGGCUGCAGAGCAUUCAAGCCAAGGUCGAUCCGGAGGGCAUUUUUACGAGCAGUGGGUUAAACCGCGGAUACUUCAAGCUGCGCUAA